AUGCUGGGUUUUCUCAGUUCUUCCAGGCUACCGUCUCCCAUAUUACGAUCUGCCACUAAUGCAUACUAUAGAGUUCAUAUCAGAUUUUCAUUACUUUCAUCAAAAUAUGCUUACUGUCGUUUCUCUUCUGCGCAGGCUGCUUCUUCUGCACACGCGAUAAUUGCACACCAUAUUUUGUCCCGAGAUGACGAUUUUUCAGAUGUUGACGUGCCUUCAGCUGAAAACGUUGAGAGGCAAGUUGCAUUCACUACACCGUUACAGCUUUAUAAUCAACGUGUCGAACAGGGUGUGUUGAAGGAUGAUCCUCAUCAGAGACGAAUCUUGAAGAGCAUGGAAUUCUUAUUUGAACAACUCAAAGAGUAUCAUCCACCAAAUGUUCUAAAGCCGUGCUUGCAAUCAGCGCAGUCGCAUACAUCAAUUUCAAGCUUCAUUAAAUCGCUAUUUGGGGCAUCAGUCCCUUUCAAUGAUUACAAUAGCAGUGUUCCACACGGAAUAUACUUGUAUGGUGAUGUUGGGUGCGGAAAGACAAUGCUUAUGGAUUUAUUCUAUCAAACAAUCCCACCCCAUUUAUCCAAAAAGAGACUGCACUUUCAUCAAUUCAUGCAGAAACUUCACAAGCGAUCACACGAGCUUAAAACUGUGCAUGGAGAGCAUCAGAAUUUUGAUGUGAUGCCUACUCUAGCAUACGAACUUUCAAAGCAGGCCACUGUUUUGUGCUUUGAUGAAUUUCAGGUGACCGAUGUUGCUGAUGCAAUGUUGCUAAGGCGUUUAAUUGAUCUGUCACUUCGGUCAGAUCAUGGUCUCGUUUUAUUUGCCACGUCUAACAGGGCCCCAGAUGAUCUUUAUAUUAAUGGCAUCCAGAGGGAGUCUUUUAUACCUUGCAUCGAAGAAAUUAAAAGCAAAACAAACGUGAUACACUUGGAUUCACCCACGGAUUACCGGAGAAUCCCUCGUCCGCUUUGCUCUGUGUAUUUUUCGCCUAGAAAAGGUGCCACUUACCAUUCAAAGGAGUGCAGAAAGCAGCGGAAGCAUCACAUUGAUUCAUGGUAUUCAUACUUUUCUCAGGGUCACCGUAUGGAGUACAGAGUGCCCAUAAGAUUGUGGGGUCGUGAAUUAAUGGUUCCAAAGUGUUCACCACCAUAUGUUGCCGGCUUUUCUUUCAAGCAAUUGUGUGGUAAGAAUUAUGCGGCAGGAGAUUAUUUGGCAUUAGCAUCGCAAUUUGAAUCCAUAAUCGUGACUGAUAUUCCAUAUCUAAGUAUAGAUUCUAGAGACGAGGUCAGACGCUUUAUCACAUUUUUGGAUGCAGUUUACGAUAAUCACUGCAGACUGGCGGUGACUGCUGUGGCGCCAUUUUCGGAAAUUUUUGUUGAGCCCGAAGAUAUUAACCCUGAUUAUGGCUUUGAGUUAUCAGAAAAAGGCAGAAAGAAGCUUGAAGAGAGCAGAAAGCUGGACGAAAGCUUAUCCAAUAGUAACUCUUCUAGGAAUGAGCAAAGCGAAAUUUACGAUCCUCUCGUUAAAGAACACGGGUUUGACAAGAGUAUCGCCCGUCAGGCAAAUCUUUUUGCAGAACUUGAUGAAGAAAGGUUCGCUUUUGCAAGAGCAUUAAGCCGUUUAAAGCAGAUGAGGUCUCUGGCAUGGGUUGAAAACGUUUCUGCCAAGGGGAUGACAGAUUGCCUUAAAUUAGGUAAACAUCACAUGCCAAAGAUGCCAAAUUGUUAA